UACGCCUCCUUAAUAGCCUUAAAAAUUCCUUAAUAUUUCUUUAAAUCAUAAGGGCCCUUAAAAGUCCUUAAAUUUCUCCAAGAAUCCUUAAAAACUCCUUAAUAAAAACUGACAGCAUGCAGGUAAUGGAUAAAUGCGGGAGUUUUAGUUUUAGUUUCCGAUUUGGCAGCAAACCACUUUGCUCAUGCUCAGUACAAAUAGCGAAUUUCAGGCCAAGUGAUUAGAUUUUAUAAAUAAAACAAAUUUUGAAUUCUUUUGUUGUGUGGGUGUGUGUGUGCAUGUGUGUGUGUAUAUAUAUAUACACACACACUAGAUAAUGCCCGGCAUGCGUUGCAAUGCCUCAAUCAAUUUUUUUUUGUAAUUUUUUAAACGUAUACUAAGCAUCUCUCUUUAUCUCUCUAAUUCUCUAUCUCUCUAUGUAUAUCUCUAUAACUCUCUCUAUCUUUCUAUUAAUAUCUCUAUCUCUCUAUAUAUCUUUCUAGCGGACCCGACAGACAUUGUCCUGCCCAAAUGUACUUUUUGUGAGAUAUGGAUAUGGCGGGUUCAGACGCAGAACGGGAAGCAGGCUCUCCCGAGGGCAACACGGCGGAGCAGGAGCAACAGUUGUACAGCAUCGCCAACUUGAGCGGCCUCGCCGAGUCUGCAGACGAUCCCGACAUCCGCACCGACUUCCAGUCGUUCUACCCGACCAGCCGCUGGAACAAAGUGUCCCGUCUCGGAGUCGUCCACCACAUACUCAAUCAGUUCGGCGCAGCGAAGCAGUCGCUGGUGACCAAGGUCACAGACUUCGGCAAGGGAAGUGCCCAAAACUUCAUUCCUCUGAGUAUAAGUUCUCGGAAAAAGCAGCGUAACUCGAAGCGUCGUAAAAAUUUCGAUGCUAAAAAAAAAAUUUUCAAGAAUGUCAUGAAAUGUGGUAGGCAGCGUUCCGCUGUAACCCCGAGCAAGAGCAGUGUUGGAAAAACGCCUGCCCCAGACCUUGAAGUGAUAGUGCUGUCGGAUAGCGAUGACUGCGAAGGUGGUGUUGGCAAGACUGUGCCGGAACUGUUGCUUCUGGAGACACGGUCUGACUGCACCUCGCAUCAGGCUGGAGACGUCUCUUCGGUACCCUCCGACGCGUGCAGAAACGAAACACCGGUCGUCGAUGUUGCAGCAGCGCCGCUUGGUGACUCCGAGCCGAGGUCGAGCAACUCUGGUGUCAGGAACGAGUGCUUGGAAUCAGACGUAGAGAUUCUCCCCGAGCCUGAAAAGCCUGCUCCUCCCGUGAUAUUUUUGGAUUCUGGAGAUGAAAUCCCUGCCGAGGAGGCGGCGAACAUUUCUCUGGCCGGUCCAGAUACAGGUAACUGCAUCACGAUGAAUAAAAGCAAGGACGUUUCGAAAACGUCUUUCGAAAACGCAGUUAGUGAUGAUUGUGUGAUGAUAGACACGAGCGAAGAUACUUCAAGGAUUUUGCUGGCAAACUUGGAUACAGGUGUCACUGUUGUGAUGGAUGAAAACUUGGAUGUUCCUGCAGUUGGCAGCAGCGCUGUGCCCUCCAUCACCAACUCAGAUUCGGCAGUUGCUAAAUGCUGGACACCUGCGAUGAUACAGUUCUACAACGAGCCCUCGGGCGACCAGCACUUUGAACACCGGACCCUGCAGGCGAACAUGUCGAAAGACAGGCUGCGCUGGGCGACCAGCCUCGCGGACGUGCACCCCCUCUCCCUGGGCUGGCUGGCCAGGCGUGUGCGCUGCAGCAACUGCCGACAGCGAGGUCACCCGGCCGCGCGCUGCCCCGACCCCGAGCGUGUGAGGGCCUGCUGCUUGUGCAGCGAGCGCACGCACGAAUACUCGCGCUGCCCCAACGGCGUGUGUGCCAAGUGUGGUGCGUGUUGCUUUAGCUUCAACAAGAGUGGUUGCCGCGCCUGCAGAACUCGCAACGUGCGGUGCGACCACUGUAGUUCGGAGGAGCACGCCAGCGAGCUGUGUCCGGAGGUGUGGCGCUGCUACCACCACACGACGCGGGAGGUUCUGGCGAACCUCGGCGACCACCCGGCGGAACAGCUGAAGCCAGACGGCGAGCAGAACUGCCCGCACUGCACCAGGCGGGGCCACAAGUUCGAGGACUGCGACACGGACGUGAGCUGGUGGGGGGGCAAGUACCACCAGCACCUGUUCCGGCGGACGUUCCAGCCCGUGGCGAACGGCUGGGCCAGGCAGCGGGCCCAGAGCGCGACGGACGCUCCGCGCGGGCGGUUCCGGUUCCUCGAGCCGAGGAGGACCCCGCGACUAGCGACCAAGACGAACCCCGCCGCGAGUCUGAAGUCCAUCAGGGCUGCGAGGCUAAGGAAGCUGAGGAAGAAGCAGAAGAGAAAAGAGAAGUUAGCCGCACGCCAGGCUGCCCUUGCGAACGGUGUGUUGGUUCCGGCGUAACGAACACACCCGACUUGGAUUUCUUUUUGUUUUCAUUGCUUGCUUGAGUUUUGCAAUGACAAUAAACACUUGAAGGUUUUGUACAUUUACUUCUACAAUUUGAAGUUUGGUACACCCAAUGAUUUUUGAGCUAAUUUAUGGUAAAAUAAAAAGGUAGAUUUUCAAUUAAACUUAAAUGGUGCUUUGGUUAUAAUUUUUAUUAAUUUAACCCCCACCCCUAAAAAUUCAGUUGCACUAAUUUUUGGUUUAUAAAUAUGAAUGAAUGCAUAAAACAUACAAAACCAAUGAAUACUGCUUGUUAAUUAUCAAUAAUGUUUUAGAGAAUUCCCACAUUAUGGGAUUUUGUACUACUAUUUCAUUAUUGUACGUACUAAACUUAUUUUUUCUAGUAAAUAUAAUGGUGUUACCCACUGGCAAA